GUUCACCGUAUAACAUGUGAGCACUCUUUGGCACGCCUGCAGUGUGCUGAAGGACUGGUUAUCUCUGUCUACGGAGCUGAUUAUGGACGCCGAGACAAGACCACUUGCGUCUUUGGUCACCCGGACUCUCAGCUCCAAAACACAGUCUGCUCAAGCCCCACCAGCAAGGUUGCUGAAAGCUGUCAGGGCAAAAACAGCUGUGUUAUCCAAGCCUCAAACUCAGAGUUUCAAGACCCCUGUUACGGAACUUUCAAAUACCUGGAGGUGGCUUACGCUUGUCGGUUUCCUGAUGCCGCUCCAGACCAGUCUGUGUAAACACACCCACACUGAAGAAGUGUUUCGGAUGAAA